AUGCCUCAGACGAAGAUGCCGCACCGAAAAGUACGAACCGGCUGCAUCCAAUGCAAGAAGAGACGUGUCAAGUGCGACGAAACGAAGCCCACAUGCCAGAAAUGUGCCUGGCAUACUCUGGAUUGCAGUUACGCCGCCCCCCUCAAGUCACCAGCCCACGUUCGCCCUGACGACCCUCCCUUCUCCUUCGAGGAUUUCGGACUGCUUCGUCAUUGGGACGAAGCCACGGCCGUGUCACUGGCGCCCAACCGGAGCCUCCAAGUGGCUAUGAGGGAAGUGGUUCCGCUUCUAGCUACUCAUCACAAGUUUCUCAUGCACGCACUUUUGUCCCUAACCUCCCUACACUUGGCUUACCUCCACCCGGAAGAGUCCGAACACCACGAGGGAGUAGCGGCCAGACACCAAAACUUUGCUCUUCCCCUUUUCCGCUCAGCACUGGCCUCGGUUACAGAGCAAAACUGCCAUGCCAUAUACGCGUGUGGUCAUUUAAUUACCAAAUACGCCUUUGCCAAGCCAAGGUCACGACAUGACCUUUUGCUCCUAUCAGGAACGGACACCCCGGCGGACCUGCUGAGUCUUCUCAGAGGUUCCUUUGCCAUAUACGAUUACGCGUUCGAGUGGCUCUCGACGGGACCGCUUGGCGAUUGCCUUGAGGAGCCCCUUGAGAAAGAUCCGGAUUCCAGCAAAACCCCCGCAGAUAGGCGCCUUGCGCACCUUUCCGCAUGGCUUAGCCAUAGGGGUGGCGGUAGCGACAAAGACCACAAUAUUAGCAGUUGCUGUGAUGCUCUCAAUAACCUUAGAAGGCUAUUUGCAAUGGAUGCUACUCCUGGCCAGACAAUGAGCACCAAAACACUUGCGUAUUCAUGGCCGACACAGGUUUCAGAUAAAUAUAUUCAGCUGGUCUUCGAGCGGUAUCCCGAAGCCCUCAUAGUUUUGGCACACUUUUGUAUUAUGCUGAUGAGAGUCGACGGUUUCUGGUUUAUGAGAGGGUCUGCAAAAGGAAUCCUCAAACAAUGCUGGGAUCACUUAAGCUCUGACUUACGCCGACACAUUCAAUGGCCGUUAGACGUAGUGGGACUAGGGGAUUAG